AUGACGAGUUCUAGCCACACUACCACAAAAAAUUGGAGUGACCGGAUUCACUCCCUUACUGGCGCCAUUUCCAAGGCAAAUACGAAAGUGGGCGACUUACCCUCCAUCCUUCUUGAUACCUUCUUUCCCAAAGAUUCUGUCUCCUCUACCUUCUCUCACAUAGUCACCCAUUGCGUAUAUAAAGGCCUCGUUGAACGAGAAGUGGUUGAUAAAGAGCUAAUACAGAGUGAACUUGACUUGAUUUAUCAGACUCUUAGUAAUUAUUGCAAAGAAGGCAAUAAUAAUAGGUCGCAUUAUAUAGAAUGUUUGGCGGAAUUAUGUGACAGAUUCUAUAAGAAACACACCAAACAGAAUGAUAGCACAAGUUUACAGUUUGUGGUAGUGAUGGCCUUUUUCUCGUUGUUGCAUUUGACGGUUUUGCGAGAGAGAGAAUUUUACCAGGAGGAGAUAUUUGCGUCAAAGAAACCUAGAGAUGCCAAAGACCUCUCAUCCUACUCCCAAACCUAUAAAGCGUAUUUUAAAGCUGCGGGUCAAAAAUGGAAAGCUUGGCAGGAUAAAAUCAGAACCACGACUUACGCUCAAGGCAUCGUACCCGGGAAUUUCUACGAUUGCCUUUUACUGGAAAGAGAUUUGGGAAAAUGUGAAAAGGAGAAGCGCAUAACCAGUUUUUUUAAUGAUGUAGAUGCAGAGUUCACAAAGCUAUAUACCUACACGUCAGCCUUGGAAAAAUUCUUUCCAAAAAAUCUUGGUUCUCUCAAAAAUAGUCAAGACCCGAUUCGUAAUUCUUCCGCAACUAUUUUAGAUUCUCUAAAAUUUGAUCCUUACGGAGCCGCAGGCGAGGAGCUUUCGAAUGAUAAACCGGGUGUUAUUGCGGGUAUUGAUAUCAAUUAUAGUUCGGUUAUCGAUGCCAUUAGAAUACAUUACAGAGAACCCGAUGGUUCGAUUCGGAAAGGAACCCAAAGAGGAAACAGUGAUAGUGGCAAUCUGUGCACCAUUAGAGGCCUCAACAAAGAAUACAACCAUGUUGUAGCCGUAGAUCUUUAUUGUAACAAAUAUGUGGUCUACGGAUUGCGAUUCUUUUUUUCAGAUGGAACCAGUACACAAACUUUUGGUGAAGAGGUGGGAGAAAGAAAAAGAUAUGGAUCCAUCGAAAAGAAAAAUCUUAAGUUAACAGGUAUCAGAACAGCAGGUUCUCUAUAUGAACCGUUAGGGAAAACCAUGGUGAUUAGUCGUAUUGAAUUAUCAUUUGGGCAAAUUAAAUCGACGAAUGACAAUGAAAAUCUGGAAAGCAUUAAUAGAACAAAUUCCAAGGGCGAAAAGGAAAUUAAGAUAUUGGGGAAGGGUGCGAAAUCGAGACAUCUUUCGUAG